GCAGAGGGGGCCAACUCUAACGUCUUCUCCAUGUUCGAACAGGCACAGAUCCAGGAGUUCAAAGAGGCCUUCACUAUUAUGGAUCAGAACCGCGAUGGCUUCAUUGACAAAGCAGACUUGCGAGAUACAUUUGCUGCAUUAGGACGCCUGAAUGUAAAGAAUGAAGAACUGGAUGACAUGAUCAAAGAGGCUCCUGGACCAAUUAAUUUCACUGUGUUCUUGACCAUGUUUGGAGAGAAACUGAAAGGUGCUGAUCCGGAAGAGACUAUUCUGAAUGCGUUCAAAGUGUUUGAUCCUGAGGGCAAAGGUCUAAAGGCAAGCUACAUUAAAGAGAUGCUCAUGACACAAGGAGAGAGAUUUUCGAAAGAUGAGGUAGACCAAAUGUUCGCAGCUUUCCCCCCAGAUGUGACUGGCAACCUGGACUAUAAGAACCUCGUCCACAUCAUCACACAUGGAGAAGAAAAAGAUUAACUGCUGGGAAUAGGAUUUGCAUGGCAACAGGAAUGACAACGGAAGGGCACCUUUCUAGGCAGCCAUUUCUGGUCAUUCCUGUCCAUGCUAAUGGGGGUGUGUGUGUGUUGUCAUUCUCCUGGUGUCCUGACCCCUCGUCUAUCCUCUUUGUAGAAAAAAAAAAACAUCUGAAGA